GGGAUGGAAACGGAAAGCAAUGGACAAGACCAAGGACAGAAACUAGUGCGGAAGCCCUACGUGCUGAAUGAGAUGGAAUAUGAGGCCAGUCUGCCCGAGAAGAAGUCAAACACGCUCUCACGAGACCUCAUUGACUAUGUGCGGUACAUGAUACAGAACCAUGGGGAGAACUACAAGGAAAUGGCUCGAGAUGAGAAGAACUACUACCAGGAUACUCCCAAGCAGAUCAAGAGAAAGAUCAACGUGUACAAGAAUUUCUAUCCCGAGGAGUACAAGGAUUUUGUUGCAUCACUCAAGCAGGAGAAGAUGGAGGUGCAGUGA